AUGGUCUCAAAUGCAAGGUCUUCGAAAAACAAGGCCAAAUCGUCCUCGACGGUGUCGACAUAUGCCGACCCACUAAUGACGCUACUUCACUCCUCGGAUUUGAACAGAGACAAGCAGCUGUCGGAAACACUAUAUGAGUACAUAGACGACAUAACAGACAUGGAGUUGAAGAAGUGGUGCAUUGACUCAUUGACGGUGCUUCGAAAUUUGGAAAAAAUCGAGACGCAGUUAGAUCAAUGGGAGUUUCACACUUUGGACUUCACGCUCGAGGUAAAUAGUCAAUUGCAUAAAACAUCUUCGUCCUCUUCUUAUUCGACUUCUUCAGCAGCGGGUAGCGAGAAGAGCGACUCAAUUCGCCGGAAGCUGGCAAGAAGGGUAUUAGAUAAGUCGGUAAAACUAAGGGAUUUGCUCUCGCAGCAGAAGGAAGGAAUAGAUUCGAGCAUUUUCAGAGCAAGGCAUCUGUCUUCCACCAGUCCUGCAAAAGUCAUCACAGAUGCCGGAACGAUAUUAAUAGAAUUGACAAUGCGUAUAGUCAAGCUGGGUAAGCAUCUCGAUGAACAGGUCACGGUGGGUUAUUCCAGGGCCAAACUGACAAUCAUAGGAUCCGAAUUGAAGAAGCUGGUCACCUCGGAUCCGUACAUCAUAGACAAAGACGUGGUCCAGAACUACACAACGUUUGUCAACAAUUUGUUGAACCAGUUGAACAUGGCUGUUGCACACAACGACACAGUGGUGUUAUGGGAGUCUGUUGCUAUCAUAGGAGAUGUCGAGAAAAUGUUUGAAAGUAUGAAGCAGAACACCUCUAUGGCUGCGAGCAAGGAAAAGAAGCCCCAGGGCGGAGAAACUCGCUCCGACAGGCGGCAGGAACAAGAAGCGGAGCACAAAGGUGAUGGUGAUGGUGACGGGGAUGGUUAUGGUUCCAGAUCUCCCUCAUUGCACGAUUUUUCUCCUGAAAUGGUAGAGAUAGAUUCUUCCCCGAUUGUGGAAAACAGCGGCUUGAGCAACGACUCUGGCCUCAACACUGAUACGACGUUGGUCAACUCAGAGUGGGGCAUCUACGGCGAUGCGAAGAAAGAAGUCACAGUAGCACACAUCAGUGCCAAAGAGAUAUUUCACGACGAUAAUGAUUUGAUCCGCACGAAAAUAACAGAACACAUACCGGAGCUGAUUCAAGCGUUCAACAGGCAGGCUCCAGCGAGGGCCAAGCCGGAAGCAAGGAAGGAAACCAGUGCCAGCAAGGCCGACACCACAAGCACAGAUACCAAAGAAGACUGGAAACCUCAGGAAAGCCAGCACGGGCCAGCAGAACCAGAGGAGCAGGAGCAAGAGCAGCCGAAAGAAGAAGGAUCGUACUUCUCGUCGUACUUCAAACCCUCGAUCUUGAACGCGUUCUACCAGCCGCAGCUGAAGGAGCCGAUCUACGUGAACAAAGAGAACCUCCCCGGGGGCCGGGCCAAGGAGACCGUCGUAGAGAACGGCAACCUGCUCACAAACGCCACUGUUGCGGUGCGGCUUGACCAGAUGUCCUUCGACGACCGCAGCAAGAACGAGCUUCUGGAGCGGGAGCGGGGGAUACGCAGGCAGGAGGCCGUGCUGGACUCGCAGCUGAGCGCCCCACGUCCGACGUCUUCGUCGUUGCUGAACCAGCUGUCGUCCUCGGUGCUCGCCAAGUCCACCUGGCCGGCCCACCCGCCGGGGGCGGCCUGA